CGCGAUCCCGCGGGGCCCUGUGAGCCCCCAGCGCCACGGCACCAUGUUGCUGGUUGAGAAGACAACCGACUCACCGGCGGCUGAGUUCUCGCUGGUGGAGGACGUGGCUCUGCACUUUGCCUGCUUGAUGGGCCGUCUGAACGAGCAGCGCCUCUUCCAGCCCGACCUCUGCGACGUGGACCUGGUGCUGGUGCCCCAGUGCAGCGUCUUCCCGGCGCACAAGGGCGUGCUGGCCGCCUACAGCCAGUUCUUUCACUCGCUCUUCACCCAGAACAAGCAGCUGCAGCGCGUGGAGCUGUCCCUGGAGGCGCUGGCGCCCGGCGGCCUGCAGCAGAUCCUCAACUUCAUCUACACGUCCAAGCUGCUGGUCAACGCGGCCAACGUCCACGAGGUGCUCAGCGCUGCCUCGCUGCUGCAGAUGGCCGACAUCGCCGCGUCCUGCCAGGAGCUGCUGGACGCCCGCUCCCUCGGCCCCCCGGGCCCCAGUGCUGUGGCCCUGGCCCAGCCGGCUGCCAGCUGCACCCCAGCCCCGCCACCCUACUACUGUGACAUCAAGCAGGAGGCCGAUACCCCGGGCCUGCCCAAGAUCUACGCCCGAGAGGGCCCGGACCCCUACUCUGUGCGCGUGGAGGACGGGGCAGGGACGGCAGGUGGCACAGGGCCUGCCGCCCUUGGGCCAGCUCAGCCCUUCUUCAAGGAGGAGAAGGAGGGCAGCGUGGAGGAGGCCGGCGGGCCCCCGGCCAGCCUGUGCAAGCUGGAGAGCGGGGAGGAGCUGGAGGAAGAACUUGGGGGAUCCGGCACCUACAGCCACCAGGAGCAGUCCCAGAUCAUCGUGGAGGUGAACCUCAACAACCAGACGCUGCACGUGUCCACGACGCCCGAGGGGAAGCCGGGUGCUGCCACGGGCCCGGCCACCAUGGUGCUGGGCCGGGAGGACGGGCUGCAGAGACACUCGGAGGAGGAGGAGGACAAUGAGGAAGAGGAGGAGGAGGAGGAAGAAGAAGAGGAGGGCGGUGGUAGUGGAGGAGGGGAGGAGGAGGAGGAAGGUGGCAGUCAGGGGGAAGAGGAGGAGGAGGAGGAGGAAGGGCACAGUGAACAGGAGGAGGACGAGGAGGAGGAAGAGGAAGGACAUAGUGAGCAGGAUCAAGAGAGCUCGGAGGAGGAGGAGGAGGAGGAGGGAGAGGAGGAAGGGGAGGUGGGGGUCAGACAGGGGCCAGCGGGGCGCAGGGCCAGCCGGGCAGAGCCCCUGCCCCACAGCCGCAUGGCCACGCGGUCCCGGGAGAAUGCCCAGCGCCGGGCCCCCCCUGAGCCCGAGGAGGCCAGGCCGUGUGGUGGGAAGAGGCCCAAGCAGCCCCCCGGAGCGGCCCCGGCACCAGCGCGAGGGCCACCGGCCACCGAUGGGCUGGGGGCCAAGGUGAAGCUGGAGGAGAAGCAGCACCACCCGUGCCAGAAGUGCCCGCGCGUGUUCAACAACCGCUGGUACCUGGAGAAGCACAUGAACGUGACCCACAGCCGCAUGCAGAUCUGCGACCAGUGCGGCAAGCGCUUCCUGCUGGAGAGCGAGCUGCUGCUGCACCGGCAGACGGACUGCGAGCGCAACAUCCAGUGUGUGACGUGCGGCAAAGCGUUUAAGAAGCUGUGGUCCCUCCACGAGCACAACAAGAUUGUGCACGGCUACGCGGAGAAGAAGUUCUCGUGUGAGAUCUGCGAGAAGAAGUUCUACACCAUGGCCCAUGUGCGCAAGCACAUGGUGGCUCACACCAAGGACAUGCCCUUCACCUGCGAGACGUGCGGGAAGUCCUUCAAACGGAGCAUGUCCCUCAAGGUGCACUCCCUGCAGCACUCGGGGGAGAAGCCCUUCCGAUGUGAGAACUGCAACGAGCGCUUCCAGUACAAGUACCAGCUGCGGUCCCACAUGAGCAUCCACAUCGGCCACAAGCAGUUCAUGUGCCAGUGGUGUGGCAAGGACUUCAACAUGAAGCAGUACUUCGAUGAGCACAUGAAGACACACACAGGGGAGAAGCCGUACAUCUGCGAGAUCUGCGGCAAGAGCUUCACCAGCCGGCCCAACAUGAAGCGGCACCGGCGCACCCACACGGGCGAGAAGCCCUACCCCUGCGACGUGUGCGGCCAGCGCUUCCGCUUCUCCAACAUGCUCAAGGCCCACAAGGAGAAGUGCUUCCGCGUCAGCCACCCGCUGGCCGCCGACGGGCCCCCCUCGGCGCCCGGCCUGCCCCCCGCCCAGCCUCAGGCUCCCGCCCUGCCCUUGCUCCCGGGGCUGCCCCAGACCCUGCCCCAGACCCUGCCCCCGCCGCCCCACCUGCCGGCCCCGCCUCCCCUCUUCCCGACCACGGCCAACAGCGGCGGGAGGAUGAGCGCCAGCAGCCAGCCCUGACCUGCACACGCGGGACCUGGAGCCCAGGGCCAGUGGGAGCGACACACCGGCAUGGCGAGGGUGCGGGCUGGCCGCCCACCCCCCAGAGCCGAUGGAGGACACCUCACUCCCAAGUGCCCCCUUUCAGUGACUCCUUGAAGCCUUUCCCUUUUUUUUUUGGAAGUGAAGGAAAAAGAGAGGAAACUCUUUGCAGUACCCCCCUCCAGGUGAGGGGGGCGUUGGAGGCAGCAGGGACAGGGGGAGGGGCGGCCUGGAGCGCAGGUGUGACUGGUCACGCUGCUGAGAGCUUGAGCCCCAGGGGUUGUUCAGGUUGAGCCUGGGCCAGCCUCGGGCUCAUCCCUGCCUCCCCUGAGUCCCCUCACUUGCUUCCUUGUCCUAAAGGGUUUGGGGUGCCAGCUCCCCCCGCCCGCCCCCCGGGAACGGUUGUGGACUCAGUCUGAGGACUGUGGACACUGAGGCAGGGGCUUGAGACUGAACGCCCAGGAGCGUGUUGGGUGGGGCCUGGUGAGGCGUGAAGACGUCAGACCUAGCUCGGCACCAUGUGGAGUGGGGCAGGCAGGGGCUGGACCCCGGGCAUUUGCUUUCCCUACCCGUAGCCCUGCCAGCAAGCACAGGGGUCCCCGACCUGCAUCAGGCUGCACCGAGGACCCUGGGCCUCCAGAUGCUGGGGACAGGCCUGGGGUGGGCAGAUGGGUCGGCUCCCCCAGCACCAGCUCCCUGGGGCUACAGUCAAGGAGCCCCUGCACAUGGGUGGCCCCCAGGGGCAGGGCCUAGGGGGAGGCUUGGGCAAGAGUUCCGAGGUUUCAAGGUGCUAUCAGGGGGGGCAGGGGGCAGAGCUGCUGGUCACAGAGCACCCGCCCCUCACCAGCUGCCCCAGCCCUGUCUCCCACGCUAGAGGAGACGUGUAUGUCUGUCCAUCAUGCUCCCCGAAGGCAAUGCCAGGCCUCAUCCUCUCCUGGCCCCGCCACAACCUGCCCAUGGCUAGUGUCCAGCACCCGUGUCCCUCUGGGCCUCUGCGUUGGUGGCGGGUGCCGGUGGCAUUGUUAGUGAGAGGAGCCUGCACGGUCAGGCCCCGCGUCGGGGCAGGGUCCUAGGGGAGCCCCUACCUGUGCCCAACGCUUGCCUGCAUGAGGCCAGCACUAAUAGGUCCCCCUUUUUUUGUUGUUGUUGUCAUUUAACACCUUUAUUCCUGCCCUUAAAACGGGGAGGAAGGUUCCAUAAGCUACGUUUCCUAGUUAAGCUCUUUCCCGUUGUGUUUAUACGGUUUUUGUUUGUUAUACUCUUUGCACCUUAAACCCCCCCACGACGACCCCCACACCACCCACCGCCUUCCCAGCAUGGCUGGAGUGGGAACAGGCCUGAGCCCAAGGGGGGUGAUGGGGGGGACUGGGCCCCAUCGGCCUGAGGGCUGAGGGCGUUAGAACCCCGCUGACCUCCUUGUGAGGCCCGUGGCGCUGGGGCAGGGGGUUGGGCACAUUUUAAUCAUCAAUAAACGAAGCACUUUAUUCUGUA